AUGAUGAACAAAAUACACAAUAAGCCAUGGUUACCCCGGACAGCACCACCAGACAUUACAUUCUAUAAUGCUAGAGUCAUUGAUGUCGAGGCAGGUGAAGUAAUUAGUGGCUCAACUGUCCGCAUUCAAGAUGGUCGCAUUGUCUCGGUCUUAGCUGGGGGCCCAGCCAGUCUGUCUCGAGAAUCGACCGCAGUGGACCUGAAAGGCCAGUAUAUCUGUCCCGGACUGAUCGAUUGCCAUGUGCAUCUCAUGGCGACUCCUGGCAGCUUUGCGUUGAAAGAAAUAUUUUCUGCUAGCCCCAACAGUAUCGCAUACCGGACGGCGUAUGUUGCGCGGGAGAUGCUACUCCGCGGAUUCACCACUGCCCGUGAUACUGGAGGAGCCGAUGCGGCCCUCCGAGAUGCUAUCGCGGAAGGGCUGGUAAUAGGCCCGCGACUCUUCAUUGCAGGGAAAGCGCUAUCACAGACCGGUGGACACGGGGAUCUUCGUGCCAAUUACCAAGUCGAAGAGAAAUGCUGUGGUGGCCAUUCACCCUCACUGGCCCGUCUCUGCGAUGGAGUCCCAGAUUGUCUCCAUGCCGCGCGCGACGAGCUGCGCCAGGGUGCGAACUUCAUCAAAAUAAUGUGCGGAGGUGGUGUCGCUACACCUUCAGAUGCUCUCGACAUGCUGCAAUUUACGGCGGAGGAGAUCCGUGCUAUAACGACUACUGCGAAGCAGUCGAAGACCUAUGUCACCGCACAUGCGUAUUCCGUGGAAGCUAUCCGCCAUGCUGUUGAUAAUGGAGUACAGGGAAUUGAGCAUGGAAAUUUCAUUGACGAGGAGACCGCAGCUUACUGCAAAGAGCGAGGUGUGGUCUUCACCCCUACCCUGGUGACGUAUCAGGGCAUGGCCAAGCCACCAUUUGAUCAAUUUCUUGAUGAGUUCGGACGAAGGAAGAAUCGACAAGUUCUUACGAGCGGACUAGAUGCGUUGAAAAUCUUGCGGAAAGCCGGCGCCAUAAUAUGCUUUGGGACCGAUCUGCUAGGAGGAAUGCAUCCUCUGCAAAAUGAGGAGUUUUCGAUUCGGUCCGCUGCUUUGAGUGCUAAAGAGAUCAUUCAAUCGGCGACCAUCAAUGCUGCCAAAUAUCUAGGAAUGCAGGAUCAACUGGGGUGUAUUAAAGAAGGCAGUAUUGCUGACCUGAUUAUUUUGAAUGCCAAUCCGCUCGAAAACAUCGGUGUACUUGAUCAUAUUCAGAGCAAUCUGGUCGCGAUUCUGAAGGAAGGACGGGUAGUGGUCAACAAAGCUAGCUGGUCGCCUGUAGAUCCUAUGUAUGAUCCAUGUCAGAUACAAGGCUGA